UGGAACGCAUUGUUUUGACUUAGGUUUUGACUUUUAUUUCUGAUUUAAAAUUUGGUUAUUUUUGAAGUUCACAUGGUGUUUUAGUCGCUAAAAUCAUGUCUAAUCUUCUUGAAGUUAUAAUCACUAGUGACUGUAACAAUACUUUAUGGACAAGUUCUAUUUGGGAUCCCCAUACUGGAACAAAUUUGAUGACAUACAAGGGCGGAGGCACUGCUGAAUCUCGAAGCUUGUGCUUAAUCGGAAAAGACUAUUUAGCAUCAAUUGAAAGAACGAAACCUGUACUCCACGUAUGGCCCUUGAAUUCACAUCAAACUGUCCAAGGAAUUCGCUUUAUUCUUCCCGGUAAAGCGACAUCAUUUGCAGUUUCUCCUGACGGUGUGUAUUGCAUUGCUGGUAUAGAAGAGAAAAUAUACCUGUGGCAAAUUUCAUCUGGAAACCUUCUAACAAUAAUAAAUCGUCAUUAUCAGAAAGUCAAUCUACUGAAAUUUACUUCUGAUGGAUGUUUCAUUGUAUCAGCUGCAGAAGAUGGAAUGGUAAUGGUCUGGUCCCUGGCCAAUGUAGUAGCAAAUCCCGAGGUGGAAUUGCUUACACAAGCAACAGCAGGACAACACGACCCAGUAUAUAUUUUUUCAGACCACUCUUUGCCAGUGACAGAUUUAUGUUUAAGCAAAACAGGAAUGCACGGAAGACUGGUCACUGUAUCUAGUGACAGAACAUGUAAAGUUUAUGAUCUAUCAUCUGGUGAAAUACUUUUGAAUAUUAUUUAUGAUGAGCCUUUAUCAUCAGUAUGUUUUGAUGUAUUAGAACUUUCCAUUUUUGUGGGAACCACAGAAGGAAAAAUACAUCAGUUUAGCUUAACAAAUUCACCCAGAAAUAGAGAUAUUCUGAUUAAUAAUGAUGAUAGUGCUAAAUUUUCUGGUCAUUCCAAAGCUGUAAACUGUUUAUCGGUAUCUCUCAGUGGUGAAAUAUUAUUAUCGGGAUCUCAAGAUGAGCAAGCAAUUUUGUGGCACAUCAAAAGCAGACAACCUGUACGCCAUAUAAAACAUAAAGGGCCAGUCAUGAAUGCCUUUUUCACCCUUAAUGUUGACACAAUUUACAAGCAAGAAUUUUCACCGUCUAUUAUAUUACAUAGUUUGGAGAGGGCUUUAGAAACUAACUUGGAUGAAGUAAACCCAAUCGAGAUAUUAAUAAAUGACGUAAAUGACUUCUGGCCACAAUAUAAAACUAAUGUUAUACACACUAACACUUCAUCUAUGGAACUUGAAAAUGAUUUUAAACACCAGGAAGCAGAAAUGAAAAAAGAACUUGAAAACUUGAAAAAGAUUAAUUCAAACUUAUAUGCUAUAUCUAUACAGAAUGCCUUUAAUGCUAUACCUUUAGUAAACAAAAGCAAGAAAAAGAAAGCAACGUAAAAUAAUUAAAGUGCCGAAACAUUUAAUUAUAACAAAUAAAUG